GAUAGCAUGUUUGUUUUUAUUUCCAUGAAGGCCCCGAAUGACCGCACAGCGAAGCGCCUUGCCCGAUCGCAUGCUGUAACGCGCGGUCUUCGGAGUAAAAGAAGACUUCAGCAAACUUCAGGUCAUAAUUUCCGUGUUGUAUGCCUUGAGAACGGUCAGAGCCGACGUGUGCGAGAAGAGAAGCAUUCCGAGGCUCUUAUCACACAACCAGCGUCCCUCACUGCAGGCUCCGAUCCAUUCCAAAUGCUCGCUGCAGAGUCGCCGACAUUACGGGCAUUGCUAAGCAGAGAAAGGGUUCAACAAUUGACGGAGCCGGUGUUCAGUGUUGCUGACGAACUCGUGCUUCAAAAUUUCCGCUCUGUCCUUCGAAAAGGACUAGAUGAUAACGCUCUUCUGAGCGCCGUUAUGCUCACGUUCUCAUUUAAAGCCACAGAAAGCGUGACCAGCAGAAAGUACCUCGAAUACCAAAACCAGGCUCUAAGUUCUAUCCGUCAAAGACUGAGUUCUCCGGAUAGGGCUGCUACAGAGUCUACAAUAGGGACUAUUCUGCUACUAGCCGGUAUAGAGGUCCGGCUUGGAAUGCCACGCCAAGUACAGCUUCAUAUGGGGGCAAUACAACACAUUCUUGACGUAUGCCAAAGAAAAGGCGUCUAUCUGAGCGAUGAUAUCAAACGUGCGAUCUUCUGGUCAGAUUUGAAUGGUUCGGUCAUGACAGGCUCAACCCGAGUUGUUGACCACACAACCUUUUCUGAGCUCCAGUGGAAGAGAGACCUUUCCCAUCCGGACAUAUUUAUCCUUCCACCUGGAUUUCAAAAACACUCCAAUGAGCUAGGUCAAGCUUUCGUUGAAAUCCUCAAGGACGUAUUUGCAUUGCAAUGUAUCCGAGAUUCAGCCAUCAUUGGCAAAGAGGAUGUAAUGUCGAUGGCACAAAUCGAUAACCACCAAGCAUCUAUCCAGUCGAGGUUAGUGAGCUUGCCAGUUCGCUCACCCAUCUCACAAUGUUGCCACCAAGCGGCAUAUCUAUGCUCGACUAUGCUGCGCUGCAAAAUCUGGCGGACUUCUACCAUUCCUUCCCACCUUUCCUUACAAUUACUCUGCGAAUUACAAGCAGCGAGUGAUAGUCUAGUAUGGGAUGAUUCGCCUGAUCUGUUGGCUUGGCUCUUGCACAUCGGGGGUGCUUUCGCCCCCGCAGGCCCUAUACGACAAGGCUACGUGCGAUUGUUGCAUUUGAACCACAACAGAUUGAGACGGCUAUAUACAUCAUGGCCAGAACUUCUUACGGUUCUUAAGCAGUUUAUAUGGUCUGACAGCGCAUUUUUGUCCCAGGUUAAGGCCUUCUGGGAAGAAAAUUCCCUCUAG